UGAAUUAAAUGUCAAUGAUUGUGAAGCUAUUGUGUCUGUCUUACGUUUUGUCAUUAAUAUUGUUUAGUUUUUGUGAAAAGUUGCAUAUUGUGCGGUUAAAAGUAUUUAAGAACGUAUAAAGGUUGUAAUUUUUAUUGGUUUUUACGCGUUUUUGCUUGGUAUGCUGGAGUACCGUAUGCCCAGAAUGCCCCUAACGAUGUCCUAUGCCUUGAGCGAGGCUCUGACCGUGGCCGAUGCUAGCCCCAGCUCGAAUGAGGCGCAACAGCAGCAGAAACAAAAGCAGCAGGACGUUGAGCGCGCGUUCAACAACUUGCAGGCUCUCGCCCAACUGAGACUGAACAAUGAACGCUUCCAGCUGCCGCCAGCUGACACCGCGCCUGGCAGCCAGCAAGCUCUCAAUUCAUCAGGCGAGGGUUUCCAUGGCCCGAUGAUGCUUGGGCCCGCCGUUCACAGCAAGGCCACGCCCAUGGCGAUCAUACACAAAUUCGGCUCCCUGGGCUCGGGCAAGGAACAGUUGAAUCUGCCGCAUGGCUUUUGCCUGGGCCGCCACGAGGAGAUCAUUGUCGCCGAUACCAACAAUCAUCGCAUCGCCGUGUUUGACAAAAUGGGCGGCCUGCAGUUUCAGUUUGGCGAUACCGGCAAGCAGAAUGGCCAACUCUACUAUCCCCGCAAGGUGGCCGUCAGCCAGCGCAAUGGCAACUUUGUGGUCUGCGAUCGCGGCAGUGAGCGCUCACGCAUGCAAAUCUUCACACAAUGCGGCACCUUUAUGCUCAAGAUUGCCAUAAGAUUUAUGGACAUUGUCUCGGGACUGGCCGUCACUGCGCAGGGUCACAUUGUGGCCGUUGAUAGCGUUUCGCCCACUGUCUUUGUGAUAUCGGAGGAGGGCCUAUUGCUGCACUGGUUCGACUGCAGUGACUUUGUGCGCGAACCCUCGGACAUAGCCAUACGCGAUAAUCUGUUCUAUAUCUGCGAUAUGAAGGGCCAUGCCGUUGCCGUGUUCCAGGAGAAUGGCCAAUUUCUGCAUCGCAUUGGCAACGAGAAGGUCUCCUGCUUUCCCAUGGGCAUUGAGCUGUCCAGCGCUGGGGAUAUUCUCAUUGGUGAUUCGCAUGGCAAUCGCUUUCAUGUGACCUGCUAUGGCCGCGAUGGUGUGCUCAAGUCCAUGUUUGAGUGUCCCCAGCUGAAUGUUUCGCGUUGCUGCGGCUUGAAGAUCACCGGCGAGGGUUAUGUCAUCACACUGGCCAAGAACAAUCAUCAAGUACUGAUGCUGGAUACGCUAUAUGUUCAGUGAUCCAGCCCCGAAAGCAGCCGCGAAAAUUAUUUAGCUUAUUGUAGAAUAAAAUCUAUAUGAUCCCAGCUUGUAAAUCAUUUUCCCC